AUGACGACAUGUUUAAAUCAUCAAAGAUCACACGAAUUCAUUUGUUAUCAAUGUAAUAGUUUGAUGUGUUCAAAAUGUAUAAGUUUUCAUAACAAAGAUCAUCCCAAUCAUUCCGAAUGGGAACAUAUCGAUGACAUCAAGGAUUCAUUGAGUACAUUGAAAUUAGAUGAUAUUAUUGACACCACCACAACAACAACAAAUAAUAAUAAUCAUAUUAAUAAUGAUAGUACUAAUAAUAGUAAUAAUUAUAAUAUAAACUCACAAAUCAUUAUUAAACUUAAGGCUCUAUGGGAAUCAUUAAGAUCAUCGACAUCUCUUUAUCAAACAUUAACAGCAACAGAGAAUGAAAUAAAACAACAUUUUGAACAAUUACAUCAAUAUCUAAUCAGAGAAGAACAUAAACUACAAAGAGAUAUCAUCAAUGAUAAACAUACAAUCGAAAAUCAAAUCGAUGAUAAUAUCAUAAAUUUGAAAUACUUAUUAAAUGUUAUAAAUGUAUUUAAUAAAUUAAAUAAUAACGAUAUUAGUAAUAACAGUAGUAAUAAUAGUGGUGAUGAUAGUAAUGAAAUUAAUAAUAGUUACGAGAAUCAAUCAGAUAUUGAAGAUGCAACAUCAUUAUAUUCAACCACAACAAUAAUGGAAUCUAUAACAACAAGUUCAUCAUUACAAUCAUUUAUCAAUGAUAAUAGUCAAACAUUAUUCAAUGAUUAUCUAGAUAUAUUUAAUAUUGAAGAACUUCUUAAACAACACUCCAAUGAUUCUACAUCAUUAUUAUUAGAUAUCAUUCAUAAAUACAAUAAAUCAACAGCAAUCACUAACAAUAAUGACAAUUCGUUAUCAUCAUAUAAAUUAACAAUCAAACAACUUGAUUACGAUCAAUUGGAUUCAAUCAUUGAACGAUCAAUCAGACUUGAUAGAAUUGAAUCACCAAUAAGUACAACAACAAACAACAAUGAAAAUAAACAAUUAUAUAUUUUCACAACACACAAAUCAAAAGGAGCAACACUGAUCAACACAUCAAACAACUAUUCAUUUGAAGAGCUACAGUUUGAUUAUCAAUUUUUUGGUACGUACACCUCAAGUGUUUCAGUUGGUGAAUAUAUCUAUAUAUUCGGUGGAGAUACCAACGAUAGCAAAUGGAUUAGAAUAUCAGCAAAAUCGAAAUCAAUUGAACAUAUUGGUGAUAUCAGAGGAAUCAAUGGUGAUGUUAAUAUGUCAGCCUGUUAUGAUGGUCGAAAUCAUAUAUAUUUAGUGAAUGGCUCAAAUAAGAAUAGAAUUAAUCGAUUCAACAUCAAGACAAUGAAAUUUCAAUCGUAUUAUCAAUUACUUGAUGAAUAUGGUCAACAAGUAUCAUCAAUGAUCUUCAAAGGUUCAUUAUAUUCAAUGUCAUACAAUAAAAAUAAGAUAUUCCAAUUAGAUUUGAUAGAUAGAACGAUAACAGAUCAUCAAAUUGACUUUAAACCAUCAUCAGCAUGUCAUGAUAACAAUGGAAAUUUCUAUAUGUUGGACAUAUUAAGCAAACGAUUCAUCAAAUACAAUGUUGAAACCAAACAAACAACCAAUCUCAAUGGUGUUCCUGACACAAGUGGAUAUCAGACAUUCGUGAUGUAUCAUCGAGAAUCACCAACAUCAAGUUUUAUCUAUUCAUUUGGAUAUUCGCGAGUUUGUAAUUUCAAAUAUUCAAUUGAAUCCGACCAAUGCGAACCAUUCUUGAGAGAUAUUAAAAAUACCAAUAGAUCGUGGUGCGCAUGUGCAUCUACAUCAAUUUCAUUAUAA